AGACUAAAGUGGGCCUGGGACCCCAUGGGACUUUUUUGGGUGAUCAGAGUAGCUCCACGACCUACUGUUUGCUCGUGGCAAGGAGAUCUUGUAGCUACGCUGGAUGGGAGCAAUGGUGUUACAGUCCUAUCAGGUUAUGGUCUUACCAUGGGAAAUAAAUGCAACAAGACAUGAUUGCUAUGAAAGGUGAAGCAGAUGCUCCCUUCCAAAAUGACUUUCCAAGCCCUGUUUCUGAGUCUACUUUGUGUUGUGCUUGGAGAGCCAAAUGUGAUUACUCACACUGAACACGUGAAGGUGAAUGAGGGCAACGCUGCAACUCUCAGGUGUACCCUGACAGAGCCCGGUGAUGUUCUGCAAGUGACCUGGCAGAAGGACUCUGAAAAAAAACACACUAAUAUAGCUACGUACAGCACCAUGCUAGGAUUUAAGAUCCAUGAUCCCUACCAAGACCGGAUGAAUUUCACAAGUCUGGUACUCAAUGACACAAGCAUCACUUUCUGGUCUGCGAGCCUGGAUGAUACUGGGUGUUACAUUUGCCUCUUCAACGUCUUUCCUUAUGGCUCCAUAUCGGGACGGACCUGCCUGAGUGUCUUUGGUCUCAGUGCAUCUGUCCACUAUAACAUUUCCAAAGGUCAUUUGAUAGCCAUCUGUAAUGCUGUUGGAUUCCCAGAGCCCACCAUCAGCUGGAACAAUCUGUUCAAUUACAUCCCUACACAGGAUAAGGUCAGGCACACCAAUGGGGUAAUGUCCAUCACCAGUAAACUGGAGAUCUCUGACUCUCAGAGCAUCAGUAAGCAGGACUUGACCUGCAGAGUAAGCAACAAGAAUGAAGAAAUGGAAUUGCCCAUAAAAAUCAAAAACGAGCAGGGAUUCUCAUUCCUGGGUCUGGUGAUUGCUCUGGGUAUUUUACUAGUCAUCGUGGUCCUGAUUCUGAUCACUCUGAGCUGCAGGAAGAGGAUAUGCAAGAGGACGCGUGGCGGAAAAAAGUUCCCAGGGCCUUCUCUGCUAGUGACAGAUGCUGAAGUGCUAAUUCUGAUACCGGGUAUCCUCUUGCCAACAGACCAGUGCUGCAAAACUCUUCAAAAGAAGAAAAAAUGAAGCCACCUGAACCAGUUAAAAUCUCUCCCUGUGAAUUUCUCAGCUUGUACAGUGCAGUGGAAAUCUGCACUUCAGCAUGGAAAUCUGCACUUCAGCAUGGAAAUCUGCACUUCAGCAAGGGCUGCACCACUUGGAGAUUUUUGCAAAGGAAUGUGAUGUCCCCAGGAUUUCAGGGUUGAGUUUUUGCUCUGCUUUUGUUCACUUCCAUUCUGAAUUUGCUUUUUGGCACCCUAUCCCUUAAUUUAAGAUCAGCCAAUUACUUUCACAGUUUUGUCUUGUCUCUGUCUUGUCUUUUGUUUCACUUUCAUGGGAUUAGAGCUCUGAAGCCCUUACAAGAAAGAAGAAACACCACCCUGGAACAUGAGGGCCUCGUGUGGGCACUGAGAGCUGUUUUUACUCAACCUUUGUUUCGUCAAGAAAAGUGCAGAGUGAAAGCUGAGCAUGUGAUUCACGAUCAGAGGGAAGGCUUUUGUCUCAGCGGUGGUGGUGGCUGAGCUGCAGCAAAUGGCACAGCACUGGUGUUGAGUGGAGUCCCAGAAACACUACGCACAGAGACAUGUAGUAAGUAAUGCAUAUGAAUUGGCUCAUCUAGGAAAUCUCACCUUAAAAGAGAGUCUGUGAAUAAAGGUCACUUGAUGAAAACCUAGCUGCCACAGCACUAGCUCUAGGCAGCAAAGUGCUACUUUUGAGUUGAUGCAAAAUGAUCAGUCUCAGGUUCUCAGCUGGCUGACAUCUCAUGCCAAGCACAUUCUACAUGUAUACUCCGAACUUGGACAGUUGACCAAGCAAGUCUCCUCUCAACACAAAGACUAAAAUUAAUGACACAAAACUUGUAUAAUUAACUCUACAGGUUCAUUAUAACAUGAAGUCCUCUGUCUCACAGGCCAAGAUUCAUAAUAGUUAAAAGGUCAGUCUCUUAAUGAUGUUUCCAAUAUUGAUUUUCCAUUUCUUUAUCUAUGUUACAGUAACUAUGGCAGCAGUAUUCUAUUUGUGGAUCCCUGGAGAUGUGUGUGCACAUUGGGAAGGGAGAAAGCAGAAUAGGACUUUGGGUUUCAGGCUAGGUAGUAAAUUACAGUGGUUUGGAACUUAAAGGGCAUAGUAAGAUCACUUGUGUGAAACUGAAAGGGUAUGAGUGCAGUAGAUUCACACAGAUGACAUACCACUGGCCUGUGUGAAUGGAAACCAUCCAGCCUUACUUGGUUCCUAGGCAUUUCCUUUUCAUUAUGUGAGCAGGAACUGCACAUGAGCACACAUGAGCAGGCCUGCCUCGGGUGUAGGGUUUUGUUUGUUUGUUUGUUUUUGAAAAAUACUAGUCACCACUUAAAACUCACUCAAAAAUGAGGGUUCUUAACCUCACAAAUUCUUGCCUGUACUGAGGGACAUGCAGUUGCUUACAGAAUCACAGAAUCACAGAAUUUCUAGGUUGGAAGAGACCUCAAGAUCAUCGAGUCCAACCUCUGACCUAACACUAACAGUCCCCACUAAACCAUAUCCCUAAGCUCUACAUCUAAAUGUCUUUUAAAGACUUCCAGGGAUGGUGACUCCACCACUUCCCUGGGCAGCCUUACAUCUCAAGCUCAAUAGAAAACUGCUGUCCGCUAGGUGCUGGUGGUUCUCCUUAGCGAUCCUUUUUUGUGCAUCCCUUCAGGUAUGCUUUUCCUGCUCUGUUUUCCCCCGAGAUCUGCUCCUGUCUCUCAUCCCUCACCACUGCCUGUGGUUCCCAUUUGCCUGGGCUGGUGUUUGUUGAUCUGAAACAGAGUAGGGAAACAGAUCUAUGGAGGCUGUGGAAUGGGGAACCCACUGCAGAGAGCAGGCUGGGGAACAGGCCAGGCGUGGAAAUGGAUGUUUGCCUCUCCCCUCAGCCUGGUUGUGCACCCAGCCUGGUGGUGUGGCCUGGUGCCAGGGCUCAGCCCUGUGCUUGUGUGCCCUGUUUCCCCUUAAGACACAGAUUAUAGGGAGACCCAGGGAAUGUUAGCAGUGGAUUUUGGGAAGAUCCCAUAUGCAAGAUUAUGCCUUUUAUGCAGAGAUGCAAACUUCAUCUUUCAAGUAGUUUUAGCUGUACCACUUCCUUCUGCACACUCCUCACUGCUUGUGCACCUUAUUAUACAAAAUGGAGGGCAGAAUAUUGUGGAGGUGUAGGGGAGAAAUAUUUCAAAACAGGUAAUUGGAGAAGCAAGGCUUGGCAAACUGUUGCUUGAUCUAGCAGUAUGGCAAAGUUUGUUGUUUGCCAGAAGCAGUCCCAUCUCAUAGAUCCAUAGAUCUUUGGGGCCCAAGAGUAGGGAAAUGAAUAAACCUGACACUGUUUUAUAUAUAUAUAUAUAUGUAUUUUUUUUCUUAGAAGCAAGAGUCUUUGAGGGAAUAACUGGAGAAAAUGAAACUAGAAGGGUUGGUGUGUUUUACAGUCUAAGAACCCAUUUGUUCCAUCUGUGCUUGUAAGAGACUUAUGUACUGUGCAGCCUUGCUUGGGAGAGAGUAACCAGGCAGUGCAGCUGCAUGUUUCUCCCCUGCAGGAAAAGGUCAAUGGAUCAUGAUGAAGAGCAGUAACAUGCACUUACAGUCCUUCAGCUCCGCAGACUUUGCUAUUUUCCUUCCAUGCUUGUGUGUGGGUGUAACAGAGCAGAACAGCUUUGUGUUCUUUGGGCUUCCUGUGUGACUAUACCUGCACCGUGUAUUUGGUGCAAAAAUAGAAAAGGGAAGUCAAGAAGUAGAAAAUUAUCUGGUGUAGGCUGGAUGCCCUUGGGCUACAUCUUAGGGAGGCUGCACAGGUGCUGUACAUCCCCCACAGAAUGCAUCCCAUGCCUGUUUGCUUUCUUCAACAGGUUAUAGUGGUCAUGUGGAUGAUUUAACACUGGUAUUGGCUUCUUUCAGUCACACACUGAGCACAUGCAACAAGUAGUGAGACUGCACUGCUUCCACUGGCGUCCUGCCCUGUCAGUAGGAUGCUACUCCAGAAAAUUCGAAGGCCAUCCACUGACCCUUAGCACAACUGUUGUUAGGUGUCAUGUCUCAAAUGUAACCGUUGUGUUUCUGAGAGGUAGACUAGAUGAUUAAGAUGAACAUGAAAAUUCUUGACUGAAAGGGUACACAGAAAUUCGUGACUGAAAUGGUAGAUGGUUUCAGUCAACACCUCUUGCUUCCCUCCUUCAAAAGACAGACUCUCGAUGUAUUUGCUUAAAAAAAAAAAAAAAGAACCUACCACAGACUCCUGUGCUUUGCUUUUCUAUGCUAGCACAUUUUAUGGUAAGGUGGUAAGGUGCUUCCUGUUUAUCUACAAAAAUCUCAUCUCCCAAAUCAAACCUGACUCUCUGGGGACCUCUUCUUAAGCCAUGCCUUGCUCUAAGGGUAAAACGUGUCACGUUCAGAUCUCACUAGCAUUGCAGCUGGGGGUUGUGCAGUACUUCUCAUGCAUGCACUCAGUCUCAUUGUAGCUCUUGGUCACCAGGGCGUCAUCCUGGGGCUGCUCUGAGCAGAGCUGCUGAUGCUUUUGGCUGGCUGGGGUGACAGAGGGAAAGCUGUGUGUGCCCGGGUGAAUGCACCUCAGAGCUGGCUGGGAAGUCACACAGAUAACCUGCCUGUAACCCAGCACCCCUUCAUCUCUCAGAGGGACUUUGGACUCUUCUCUCUAUGUACUAUGGUAUGAGCGGAGUAUUUAUAUUGCAAAACAUCCGUGAGAAACAUAUGGUUUCACUUGUACUUGUUCCUGAAAGGAUGGCCUUUUCCCUUUCUGCCUUCAAGGCCAGUGUCCAGGUCAUAGAAAGAAAUUAGAGAAGUUUGAUGCCUUUUGCUGAGGCUUUCUCUUCACUGAAUGGCAGUCCGUGUUUUUCAGUUUAAGACCACUGACGUAGAAGCUCUUUCAGAGAGACAGUUUCUUUGUAUUCUGAAAUCUAUAAAAAAUAUUGUUGCCUCUAUCAGCUGAGAAAUAAAUGCAAUUAACUAUUUCAUAUGUAAGCUAAUGAAUUUUUCUAGGAGAUAAUUUUCCACACUUUUUUUUUUUUUUAAUGAGGUUUAUCAGUGAUUUAUUGGAUUGAUAAGUUAUAUAUUAAAAAAAAAAAGUCAACAUACCUUGUGGCCUGAACUAAUUACCAGUGCAGAAAUCCAUUGAUUUUUCUCCACACAGAUACCAUGAUUGGGUUUGGAGGAGAUGGAGGGGGAUGAAGUACAAGUGAGUCAUAAGCAUAGUAAACCAUCUAAAUUAUCCAUAUACCAGGGUUAAUGUGUAUCUGAUAACAGCUUUGGUGUUAGCUGGAACUGUACCAAGGUAAAUUAUGAAGACAGAGGAGCCUGACUUUCUUCUACUAAGUUUAGCACAAAUUAUCUGGUGUGUUAUGUGCACCCUGAGGACUGGUAUAUCCUUUUUUUUCAACUGUGGUCUAAAUUUUUAACCAGUUUGAAGACUGCCCAUUUGCUUCUGUAAACCUCUUGGUGCCAACAUUGCUAAGAGUAAUUUUUCAGAGCAUUAUUUUGCAGGAAGAGAUGUGUGGUAUCCAAGCUCUAGCUGCACAGUGCUGCAAAAGAAGGGUGUGAGCAUUCUUCUCAAACUUCAAAUGGUGCUUUGGCAUUUAUAUCCUUUUUAUCUUCUUUCCAAUGAACCUGAGCAUGAAAUAUAAUGAUAUUCUUCUGCCAGUGCUGGGUGGCAAGCUAAGUGUGACACAGUUGCACACAGCUACUAGUGAACAGAAGUUUUUGAUUUUGGCUGUAGUCGGUCACUGCUCAUCAUUUAUUUACUUUGAUUCAUCACGGACAAAAGCAAUAUGCAUUAACUUAACUAACCAAUCAUCGCACCAAUAGCAAAAAAAAAGAGAACACUGCAUUUUGACAUUUUGUCGCACAUCUUCUGACUUCUUUGUAAAAGGAAAACAACAUUUUCCUCCUCCUGUUCCCCAUGAGAAACAAGCAAACGAGUGUUAACAAGAUUUUGGUUAAUAUGAAGAUUAGACAUUCAUGGUGUUCAGAGAAUUUUUCAGGGAGAAAAACUGGAAUGAAGUUUCUAAGUAUCUUAGUUUCUAAGAUAAUCAUCUUGGGAUGAUUAUCUUAGAAACUCAGGAAAAAAAAAUGUCCCACACACAUGCUUAGCAUUUACUUGGGAGGAAUUAAUCUGUCUCAGUGUUGUCUUCCUCAUGGAUUCAUUUUACAUGUUUAUAUCCUAGGAAAAACCUCCUCUUCUCCUUUGUCUAUUUUCAAACCACAACCAAAUCAAGGUCACACUAGAAGCAGAGUCCUGAACAAAGGAAGAAUGAAAAAGUUGACUGUUUCUUUUUAUUCGCCCCUUUAAGAGACAAAUACACAAUGGAAAUACCCACCUAUUCACACAGCAUGGACUGUAUUUUGAAUUCCGGUAUGUAGCAGGGAGCAUCCACAGGUUCUUCUAAACAAAAAGGAAGUUUUCCUGGGAGAUAAAGGAACAGCAUCCUGGAGGGAAGCUAGAUCUGAGACAGCAUGCAAAAUGGUAGUCUGGAGAAGUCCUUGUUAUAUUUAUUUAUUUACAUUAAUGGAGGCAUAUUCUGUAAAUUCAUUUUCUACAGACAGUUCCCUUCUCUGGCAUUUUUCUGCAGAAGCAGAAUGAUCUAGUGUAGCAUAUAUGAGGACAUCUGGGCUUUCAGGUGAAGCUGGGAUGGAAGGAUCAUUAGGUGCAUUAGGUACUGUCCUCUUAGCAUUCCAGCGAGGAACAUCAUUGUCAUAAAUUGUGUUGGCAUACAAGAGCUGCUGUGGGCUAGCCAUGGAGCAGUAAAGCAAAGAGCUUUCAUCUGAAGCUUGAGUUGUCCCAGCAGUGUGGGAUGGAACAGCUGCUGGACUUCUGACCUGUGAAAAGCAGAACAGGGUAUAGCUCUGUGCGUAUCUGGUUAUUGCUUGUGCUCCUGCUAAAUAGGGGGCAUAUAAAUUUUACUCUUUUUUUUUGUGUCCCUUUAAAACUGCUUUUGAACUCAGGUGCAUUGGACUCAUCUGAUCAUUGGAUUUUCUGCUGAUCUUUGAAAUAAGUUAUAAACCACAUGUAUCUCUAGCCUUUCUCCAUUUCCCUUCCCAAAUUCAGUCAUGUCUUUCCUUGCCUGAUUUCAACUUAAGGAAAAACUGGUUUAUCCUUGUGAGAGCACUUCUGUACCACUCAUUAAGGCUUUUCCUUCCAGUCCUAUUAACUCUUAUUUACUUUCACCUACAAAUACCAAACUAUCUUAUCCUGAUUACACCCAUUCUCCCAUUUCCUGAUCUCUUGCCUCUUAUCCUCUUUGUCUUGUUACUCUCCAAGUAAAUCUUUCUCCUUCUCCCAAAAUCUGCAAAUUCCUCCAUAAAUUCAUCUCUCUCUAAAGAAAUCCUCUUUGACAUCCAUUUUUCUAACCACUUAGAAUCUUCUGCUUUUAAUUUCCUUUCUCCCACCUCUCCCUUUGGGAGCUCUGCAAUCUGUUUGGUGGCCUUCAAUCCCUGCCAAUACUUCCCUUGUGACUGAUAGCUGUCAGCUCCUGUGGCAUCUUUCAUGUUCUGCCUUCUGCCCAUUUAAUUUCUCUAGAACUGUUUACAAGAGCUGAGUGAGUUGAUGUUAGCAACACAGGAAAUUCUUUUCAAUCAUUUUCCUUACUCUGUGCAUCAUUUGUCUUAUGCAGACAGUCAAAACCAGGUCAACAGAGGUACAUCAACAGAUGUACAUAAAUUCUUACUGGAACGGGCCUACAAAUUAAUACAUUUUAACAGGAGUUUAGAUGCUUACAGUACUUUUGUGGAUACAACUCUCAAUUCCUUCCUUCAGCUCAACCAAGGGGAUAUCUCACACCAGGGAAGUCAUUCUGUACAGGCACCAAGAGGGUCACUAAAUCUGUCCCUCAUCCUACUCCACAUUUUAUAGUACACAAAGAUUUGUUCUCAGUAUAUGAUUAUGCAGUUUCAGGUUUCAGUAAUGGCAAAAUUUAAACAUACCAGGCUCUCUAGUCUCUGCGGUGUCAAUGGAGUUCUCUUUUGCUUUGCUAAGAAGAAGAAAAAAAGAAGGAUGUUUCAAUAAAUAAGCAUUGAGAUGAUGCCUUUCUGCUCAUGGAAAGAGUAUUAACUAGUAAAGCAGUCCUUCCCUUAUUGAGUGCACCUCAAAGAAUAAAAAUCUAUUUCCAAACUGGAUUUAGGAAUUGCUGUUCUGAUAAAAACAAAUCAAAAUAAAACAAUAUGUUUUUAGAAUGCAUUUCUGUGCUCCUCAGAGCUUCUCUGAAGAGGAAUAGAGAAAUUUCCAGUGUACUUCUGGCUAGUUUUCUCUCUAUUCAGUGAAAAGGCAUGGAAAAAUCACCAAGCCAUCCUUAUAAGAAAACAUGCUAAUUUUUUUGCAAGAGGAAAUAAUUUCAUUUUCCUAAAAUAAAAUAAUCCAUCGGAUUAUAAUAGGCAAAUAAUUACUUAAUUUAAGACAUGUGAAACUCCAAAAUCGACUCUUGAUUUAGAGUAUGGAAGCUGUGUAAGAGUUCCCAUAAAACAGGAGCGAUUAAUACUGUAACAAGUUCAUACUUCAGAAAGAAAAGUAGAAAUAUAGAAAAGUAACUGGAUAGAACUUGAUUGCAUUUAUAUGGUUAACAGUCCUAUUUAUGUCUAAGUUGGUGUUCAAAAAAUGGUAAAAAGAAUUCCAAUUAUUAUGAAGUCUGAGUAUUUGAUUUGUUCUCACUUUACUUCCAUUCCUGGUCUCUCUGGAAGGGAACAAUACUUAGGACAAAUUAUUUUUAAAAAAAUUCAGUACCCUUAACUGGUGCACUUGACAAAGACAUCUCAGAAAUUAAAUGGGGUAAUUACUAGGGGAUUACAGUAGAGCUUUGAAUGGAACUUUAAACUGUGAAAAAAAGUGUGAUAAAAUACAAACUAAAAAAAAUUAUAUGGUAAAAUUCCUCACCAUGGUGCCUUCUGAGACAUGAAAACAUGCAUAUGAAGAUGAAUGGACAACAUAGACCCACGGAUACUGAAGAAUAAAUAAUGUGCAAUAUCUUGUUUUUUCCAGGUUCUUGGGACUCUUCUGAUAUACUAGUGGUAUCUAAAAUUGCAUUAACAUGUAUUAGCAUAAAAUAAUAGAAUAAUAUUUAACUUUUUUUUUUUUUCAGCAUUUCUUCUUUCUGAUGCAACUGACUUCUUAAUAUAACUAAAGCACUCUGUAGUUUGGAACAGCAAUCAGUUCACAGGAUAACCAUCUUCGUUGGUAUAUUACCAAGCAUGAAGGUACUGGAAGGAAAAGUGCAUGGAAAGUGUCAUUGAAAAAUGAUGCAUGGCGCAAGGCUGGCAGAAACAAAGGAUCAGAAUUAAAGCACUGCUCUAAACUUCCAAUAUAUUUUAACGUUAUGGUCUGUCUUCUUUUUCUGUAGUCUUUGCACUGUAAACAACAGCAAGAACAAAAAUAAGAAGCUUUUUGACAAGUUUGUAUCAACUGUGAUGAAAAUAUGUGAUGAUCAAGCCUAGAAAUGAAUGCUGUUAUAGUAUACACCCAUGGCAUCAUUCAGCAAAUAAAUCAUCUUUAUCAGGGGAAAUGCAUUAGAAUGUAGGAACUGUCCUUGUAUCCUACACGUGGGAAUGAAAACGGUGUGAGAAAGGUAUUGAUAGUCAUAUGACUAAUUUAUGUUACUGCACUUUCUUACAAAUAAGGAUUCUUGAUGCACAGUUUUGAGGUUUGCUGCCUUCUGAUGCAGGAAAUGCAGAAAGAACAUGACAGAACAGACAGAGCAGAUGAACCCUAUAUGGGCUUGAGUUGCUGUUCACAGUAAUUGUACUGGGAACAAUAACCAACUGUGAGUAAAAAAACAUACUUCAAGGUAUGUUAAAGUGGUGGUGUACUGUGAUUCCUAAUGUUCUGUAAGUAUAAGCCAUAUGUGUCACUGGGGUAUUAAAGAGCAUGUUGGAAGUAUAGAUUACCACAGCAGGAGGUAAUUUAAUUGUCUUUGUCACUGCUAUCUGCUGGACAGUUGUGGGCUUGAAAACUGUGACACUUGAGAGACUGUAUUUAGUUCAAGCAGGAAGAAAGCAAUGGUUCUUCAGCAAUGAGUUUUGAUUUGUCCUGACUAUGUAAAACAACCUACUUAGGAAAUUUAUAGCAACACAAAUUGUUUCCCUCCUCUUGAAAAGGAAAUAAGAAUCAGAACUUACUUUCUGAUGAAGUUGUGAUAAUGUUCUCAGACUUUUCUGAAAGCAAGAAAAAAAAAGAAAGACAGGGAAAUGAAACAGCAACUUGAUAUUUUGCUCUGCAGUUGUGUACUCUGCACCACACACUGAAGUCUCGACAAACCUCUCCUUCAGCUUGAUGGUGGAAGAGGGAACAAAAUCCAGCAAAGGGUGCAGUAUUUUGAGAGAAGAGGAAUGAAGUGCUGGUCUUCCACAGCUGACAGAGCAGUUCUGUGUUUCAGACCUCUGGCAUUCAAAUAAAUAGAACAAGAGAAGAAAUAUUUUGCAAAUGCUUGAUUACAUCACUUAUUCAUGGAAUGGUAUUUGUGAAUAUACCAUUCUGUAGUCACUCAAGGAUGUCUUCUGCUCUUCUCACAUCCAAGGAAAACCUGUAUCAUGUUAUUUGGGGAAAUACUGUGUCUGCUACCACAUUACAACCAUAAAUUUUGACAUUGCUCCCUUUGCUACAGCAUUUCCUGUGUCAAUAAACAAGGUAUUAAAGUCCAUGAACUUACCAGGAGAGGAACUAGCAACAGAACAAUUUCAUAACUCAGCUACCUGGGGUCAAUAGGACACCAUAGCUGCACAGACCACUUUAUAGCUGCAAAGCAAUAUUGAGGAGGGCAUACAUGGCUUGCCAUAAUCUAGACUUGGCAUCCCAACUGCCUAAAUUCAUAGGAAUGUCUGUCUUGCCCUUAAAUCCUUAAGAGCAUUUAAAGGUACUGUGAUCUUUCCCGCUCUUGAACUUCUUGGGUACAAAACUAUACUUUAUUACUCUGUGCACAGAUUAUUCUAAGCAAGAGGCUUGAAUUUCUAUGUCCUCUUUGCUGUUGUGUGGCAUUGCCAACUAUGAAUACAUGACCAUUUGUAUCCUGUCUAGUCCUUAUAACACAUAACCAGUCUUUCUUUGCUCCAACUAAUAUUUUUAAAUAAUCAAAUAGUUCACUAAUGGCCAUUAGCUGUCAGCAGCUUUGCUUUUCUCUUCCAGAUCCUCCUUUUAUUUCUUUAUUUUGUUCUUUCCCCAGCACCGAGAAGCAAGAUAGAAGCAUGAAGAAUGUGGUAAGUACCAGCACAACUGAUCUUGUGCUAUUCCUACGACACCAGACAAACUUGUUCGGAGAAGCCAUCGUGCAGCAUGAGUGAACUUUCCUGUACAUGGAAUCCAUUUGUUUAAAAGGGCUCUUUAGUAACACAGGGGCCUCACCUUCAACAAUAACCUUUAUUUCAUUGCUCUCGCUGAAGAAGUUGCCUGUUACUGCUUGACAGCGAUACAUCCCGCUAUCAUUCUGGUGAAUGGCGAAAAACUUCAGAAUAAACACAGUGGAAUUCCAUUCUGCUUUGCUGUUAUCCAGCGGCACACAUUCAUGCGCCUCUAUCUUGCACCACUGGAUGAAGGGUCUUUCCUUGCAGUAAUGGACUGGACAGUAUAUGAUCAAGGAGUUACCAAUAUUAGUUACGUAUUCAGAGUUUCUUUGAACUUGAAUUUCUACUGGACAGUCACUGGCAUCAAAUCCUAUAAAAGAAGAAAAAUAUGAGAAAAAUCAUAGUGGUGGUGGGGUCUGUUAUAUGCUCUCCAUGACACUGAUCAGUUUCUUUUCUCUCUCAGUAUGCAAGACUUCUCUUAUCCACUUUCAGAUCUUAUCUCUGUAUGGGAUGCUCAUUGCAGAUAAAUCAAGACUUCUUGGUUCCUUCAUUUUUAGGAAGAUUGUUAAAAUCCACUUUAUUUGUCCAAUAUAAAUAUCAGUCUAUAUCUCAGCUAACUCUGAAAUUGAAGUUUGGAGAGAAAAAAUGUAAUAUAUACCGAAGAAGGUUUUCCUGUCAUCCUUCUCAAAGAUCUUUUCUGUUAUUUUAGAUUUAUUUCAGGUUAUUGUUUACUUCACAGUUCUUGAUAAUUUGCAAAAGUAAAGGGUUCUUUUUGUUUGGUUGGUUGGUUUUGGUAGUGAUAUGUCAUAACUGAAAUAAUGAAAAUAAUUAUAAAUAUAUCCUCUCUCUGUUUCUUCACUUUUGUAAAAGUUUGUUAAACUCGGUGUUCAAACUCUGGUAUGUCACCUUUACUCUGGGUCUUAGUAUUGAAAGUCUGGAGCUUUUAUUAAAGAUUUAUGUUUCUUGUA